CAGCACUUCAAGCUUGAGAACAAAGCCAUCCAUAAGAAUCAACCUUGAUGUUACAGACGCGUGCGCCAGAUUACAGUAGGCGCGUAUACGACGACACUCACGCGGGAAGUUCCUGCUGCAGGAGCAACGAUGAAGUUCGCAAAGGAACUGGACGAGCAGGCAAUCGCCGAAUGGCGGAAAGAGUACAUGAAUUACAAGGAAGCCAAAAAGAAGCUCAAAGCUGUUAACAGAGCCGUGCGCAGCGUACCAGGAUCUACGAAGACGCAAAGCACGCCUGGCAACUCCCUUGCCGAUGCUCCAGUAGCCGCUCUACUACGACGGAGGCGUCAGAGUUCGCUCGCACCAAGUAACGCGCAACAUCCCCGUGGCCAUGUCAGGUCCUACAGCGAUUCCAAUGAAGCUACCUUCUCUCAGGCCGCCGGCAAUGGCACUGCCUCGAAGCCACGGCCCAUAAACGAGCGUAGUCCGCUCCGACCAAAAGGGGAUGCGCAGAACGACAAGCAGAACCAGCCACAACUGACCAGCUAUGGUAGCAUCAUCGGCAGUCCUCCGCAUAGCGACGAGGUGACGCGCUUCAAUUCGCGCCAAGCCCCAUCAGUCGAACUACCACCACCUGCUGUCGGUGACGGGAACGAAGACUACGAGGACUAUGACGUGGAUGAAGAUGAAGAUGAAGAUGACGACGAUGGGGACGAUGGUACUCUCAGUCCAACAUCGCCAACGUCACCUACUUUUCCGAAGCAGCCCCCACGUGUCGUACAGCCUGCAAAGAGAGCAGCGACGCAUCCGCUUCCAGACUCGCCUGAGUUACACCCGCCUCCAACACAGAUGGCACAUACUGGCAACGCAUACGAGAUUCGUGCGCCUCACGAUCAGAGCUUAGACAAUGCGGAUUCAACCAAUCCACGUCUGCGCAACAUGUUCGCCAAACGAACUACUUCCACGCCGGGCGGCCGUCCGUUCAUGAAGCGCGUUUUCACGAGCGGCGCAGACUCAUCGCAAGCACAAGAUGGCAACGAUGUUGCUCUUGAGGCGUAUCGCGAGGUAGACUUCCGCAGAGCCGAGUUCUUCCUGUUCUUGGAUAAAGAACUUAUGAAGGUGGAGAAGUUCUACCACGACAAAGAGGAAGAAGCUAAGUCGCGACUUGAGCAACUUCGACAGCAGCUACACAUUAUGCGCGAAUAUCGCUUGCAGGAGAUCAUGGAGGCCGAGGAAGAGCGUUCGCGUGAUCGCGCAAAUUCCACCGACGAAGCAAACGGGCGUGCCUCAAAAGAACAAGAUGGCGCAAAGCGAAAGCGUACACGUGACAUCAUAUCAAAACCGUUCGUCAAGUCCAUUGAUUUCGCUGCGACGCAUCUCGAUAAGGUGCGACCGGGCCACAUUGGCAAAACCUCUCGGUCCAUGGGUGCUCUCGGCUCUCCAGAAAUAUCUAAGGCACAUUGGCUACCAGAUCCGAAUCAGAAGGACUAUGCGAAAAGAGCCCCUCAAGACGUGCCAUAUCGUGUCGCAAAGCGCAAGAUGAAGCAAGCAAUGGCAGAGUUCUACAGAGGACUGGAGCUUCUUAAGUCGUAUGCUCUCCUUAACCGCACUGCCUUCCGCAAGAUCAACAAGAAGUACGAUAAAUGUGUUAAAGCGAAGCCGCCGCUGCAAUAUCUUGACGAGAAAGUGGCCACGUCCCACUUCGUCACUUCUGAGGUUCCUGAACAGCUCAUGGCCUCGGUUGAGGACCUCUACGCGCGAUACUUCGAGAAAGGCAACCGCAAAGUAGCCGUGAGUAAGCUCCGUACCAAGAUGGCCCACGAUGGUGAUUUUUCUGGAGCCGUCGCACGUAGCUCAGCCAUGCUUGCAGCCGGCUCGGUCUUUGGAGUACUUGGCCUUGUCAAGGGCGUGGAAUUGCUGUUCACCGCCGAGGUGGCCAAAGCCACAUAUACCUCAUAUCUUCUUCAACUGUACGCCGGCUAUUUCAUGAUGGUCCUGCUCGCAUUGCUCUUUUGCGGCUGUGCUGGCUUAUUCAACAAGUACCGGGUUAAUUACCAGUUCAUCUUCGAAUUGGACAAUCGACGAGCACUCAAUUGGCUACAGCUCCUCGAAAUUCCAGCAUUCCUGUACUUUCUCCUCGGGGUCAUCAUGUGGCUCAACUUCGACGUCCAAGCUGGCGGCAAUACCAUGUUCAUAUACUGGAUCGUCGUCCUAGUCGGAUUGGCCGUGGCAUCCUUCUUUCUACCCGCUCCGACGUUUUACCACAAGGCCAGAGGAUGGUUUAUAUAUACCAUAUGGAGACUAUUAUUCGCUGGUCUUUAUCCCGUGGAGUUCCGGGAUUUCUUCACGGGAGAUAUGCUCUGCUCUCUGACAUAUUCAAUCGGCAACAUUGAGGUCUUUUUCUGCCUCUUCGCGGGUGGCAACUGGAACUCGCCAGCUUUCUGCAAUAGUGGUCAUAGUCGGCUGCUCGGCUUCUUGACAACCCUCCCGGGAAUAUGGCGUGCAUGCCAGUGCAUUCGCCGAUACUACGACACUCGAGCUUUGUUUCCCCACAUGGCCAAUUGCCUCAAAUACAUUUUCACGAUAUCGCAGUACAUGACUCUGUCGCUUUAUCGCAUCGACCAAAGCCUUAAGAUGAAGGCUAUCUUCAUAGUCUUCGCCAUAUUCAACGGAGUUGCUACCAGCAUUUGGGAUUUGUUCAUGGACUGGAGUCUGGGAGACAUUUAUGCCAAGCACAGAUUCUUGAGACCCACUCUGGCGUUCCGAAAGCACAUCUGGAUGUACUACGUUGCUAUGGUGCUCGAUCCUAUCCUGCGUUUCAAUUGGAUCUUCUACGCCAUAUACACCUCGGAUACACAACAUUCUUCCAUCGUAUCCUUUCUAGUCAGCUUGUCAGAGGUCCUUCGCAGGGGUAUGUGGACACUUUUCCGCGUGGAAAACGAGCAUUGCACCAACGUCGAGAACGCCAAGGCAAGCAGAGACGUCCCACUUCCAUACAAGGUGCCAAUGGGUGGUUCUACAGCCUGCUUGGUGCAUGGAUCCAGCGAGCAGGGUUCUGAUGAAGAAAGGGCCCCUAGCACAUCGCAGCUCGACCCCACAGCAAUUACUGGCAAUUUGGUGCCCAACUCUUCUUCGGGCAAACAACAAUCAUCUUCAGCCAGGUUCGGUAGUCCCUAUGUGAAACCUAAACCUGGCAAAACACCAUACCCUACGAUGCCUGAGAGCGAUCGACGGAACCGCGCCCCUACUUCUGAAAUCAGUAAACUUGACUUGGAUGCCUCCUCGCCAAAGAAGCCUUCGAACUACAGUACUAAAAGUGCUUCUGGUCGCGACGUGGAUCUUGAGCGCCAGCAAACAGCUAAUAGUGGUACGCUGCGUUUCAGGCGAGGCGCAGGCGCCAGUGCGGAGGAGGCGCCUACAGGAUCACCUAUUACACAUGCGUUGCACAGGAUGGGUAGCACUAUGAGAAGUGCUCAUGCCCAGGAUUACACUAAGAAAAAGCCACAAGCGGUGGCAGGUGAUGUGGACUCGGACGAUGAUGACGAUGACGAUGACAGCGAGCGAGAGUGAGAGAGGGUCAGCGAGAGGGAGCGAAAGAACAGCAUUCAUUGUGAUACCCCUAAGACAGCGCAUUCGGCAGAACAGAC